CGUCUGUCUCUCUUUCUCUCUCUCGCUCUCCGUCUCUCUCUCUCUCUCUCUCUCUCGCCAUAUUGCUCUCCGCCGAGCUCAUUCAUCGAAUCCAUCUGCCAAAAACCUAGAUCAGAGAGAGAGAGAGAGAGAGAGAGAUGGCGGGGUACCGGGCGGAGGACGACUACGACUACUUGUUCAAGCUGGUGCUGAUCGGGGACUCUGGGGUAGGCAAGUCCAACCUCCUGUCCCGGUUCACCCGCAACGAGUUCAACCUCGAGUCCAAGUCCACCAUCGGCGUGGAGUUCGCUACCCGCAGCAUCACCGUCGACGCCAAGGUGCUCAAGGCCCAGAUCUGGGACACUGCCGGCCAAGAGAGGUAUCGUGCCAUAACUAGUGCUUACUAUCGGGGAGCAGUUGGUGCAUUGCUCGUGUAUGAUGUUACGAGACAUGCUACAUUUGAGAAUGCUGCACGUUGGUUGAAGGAGUUGAGGAACCACACAGAUCCUAACAUUGUUGUCAUGCUCAUUGGGAAUAAAUCAGACCUCCGACACCUUGUUGCUGUUCCUACUGAAGAUUGCAAAGCUUUUGCUGAGAAGGAAUCUUUAUAUUUUAUGGAAACAUCUGCACUAGAAGCAACGAAUGUGGACAAUGCAUUUCAAGAGGUCCUGACUCAUAUUUAUCGCAUUGUCAGCAAGAAGGCAGUUGAAGCAGCUGAUGAUGCGGUGUCUACCGUACCAAGUAAAGGUGAAAGAAUAAACGUGAAGGAUGAUGCUUCUACACUGAAGAAACUUGGCUGCUGUUCAAGUUAGAUGAUGGUUUCUUACGCCUGCCUUUUCUAAAGAUAUUCAAGAAACUCUAUACAGUGCUUCAAAAUCUCUUGUGAUAGCCAUUGUAGGGAACAGUGUACUCUUUGACCAAAAUCAGGAUAAGAACAAUCUGAUUCUGAUUACAAGCGACAAGGCUGCCUCUCUUGGGUUAGCAGACUAUCUCGUCCACUAUUACCACAUCUUUAUAAUAUAAAAAGUCCAUGCAUAAAUUUAAAUGCUAUCUAUCUUUGCCGCUGUA